AUGCAUCCCUUUAACUGUACCCGCACUCUCCUUGCAUGCGAUUCCACCCGUUCUCUCUUUCACUCCUCCAUUUCACUGCAUCCGCUCUCUCCUUCGCUUCUUGUUGUUGCCUUUGGCCUUCCCUUCUCGCCUCGUCCCUUAUUCAUUUCCCUCCUUUCCUCGUCCCGUUUUCCUUGUCCUUAUGUCUUCUCCUUGUCUUCUCUCCCUCACAGCCCCCCAGAGCAGCGGCGCCUCCUCCUCACAACCCCCCAGAGCAGCGGCGCCUCUCCCUCACAGCCCCCCAGAGCAGCGGCGCCUCCUCCUCACAACCCCCCAGAGCAGCGGCGCCUUCUUCUCACAACCCCCCAGAGCAGCGGCGCCUCCUCCUCACAACCCUCCAGAGCAGCGGCGCCUCUCCCUCACAGCCCCCCAGAGCAGCGGCGCCUCUCCCUCACAGCCCCCAGAGCAGCGGCGCCUCUCCUCACAGCCCCCCAGAGCAGCGGCGCCUCCUUCUCACAACCCCCCAGAGCAGCGGCGCCUCCUCCUCACAACCCCCCAGAGCAGCGGCGCCUCCUCCUCACAGCCCCCCAGAGCAGCGGCGCCUCUCCUCACAACCCCCCAGAGCAGCGGCGCCUCCUUCUCACAACCCUCCAGAGCAGCGGCGCCUCUCCUCACAACCCCCCAGAGCAGCGGCGCCUCUCCCUCACAGCCCCCCAGAGCAGCGGCGCCUCUCCCUCACAGCCCCUCAGAGCAGCGGCGCCUCUCCUCACAACCCACCAGAGCAGCGGCGCCUCCUCCUCACAACCCCCAGAGCAGCGGCGCCUCUCCUCACAGCCCCUCAGAGCAGCGGCGCCUCCUCCUCACAACCCCCCAGAGCAGCGGCGCCUCCUCCUCACAACCCCCCAGAGCAGCGGCGCCUCCUCCUCACAACCCCCCAGAGCAGCGGCGCCUCCUCCUCACAACCCUCCAGAGCAGCGGCGCCUCCUCCUCACAGCCCCCCAGAGCAGCGGCGCCUCUCCUCACAGCCCCCCAGAGCAGCGGCGCCUCUCCCUCACAGCCCCCCAGAGCAGCGGCGCCUCUCCCUCACAGCCCCUCAGAGCAGCGGCGCCUCCUCCUCACAACCCCCCAGAGCAGCGGCGCCUCCUCCUCACAACCCCCCAGAGUAGCGGCGCCUCCUCCUCACAACCCCCCAGAGCAGCGGCGCCUCCUCCUCACAACCCCCAGAGCAGCGGCGCCUCCUCCUCACAACCCCCCAGAGUAGCGGCGCCUCCUCCUCACAACCCCCCAGAGCAGCGGCGCCUCCUCCUCACAACCCCCAGAGCAGCGGCGCCUCCUCCUCACAACCCACCAGAGCAGCGGCGCCUCUCCCUCACAGCCCCCCAGAGCAGCGGCGCCUCUCCCUCACAACCUCCCAGAGCAGCGGCGCCUCCUCCUCACAACCCCCCAGAGCAGCGGCGCCUCCUCUUCAUAACCCCCCAGAGCAGCGGCGCCUCCUCCUCACAGCCCCCCAGAGCAGCGGCGCCUCUCCCUCACAGCCCCCCAGAGCAGCGGCGCCUCUCCCUCACAGCCCCUCAGAGCAGCGGCGCCUCUCCUCACAACCCCCCAGAGCAGCGGCGCCUCCUCCUCACAACCCCCCAGAGCAGCGGCGCCUCCUCCUCACAACCCCCCAGAGCAGCAGCGCCUCUCCUCACAGCCCCCCAGAGCAGCGGCGCCUCCUCCUCACAACCCACCAGAGCAGCGGCGCCUCUCUCUCACAGCCCCCCAGAGCAGCGGCGCCUCUCCUCACAGCCCACCAGAGCAGCGGCGCCUCUCCCUCACAACCCCCCAGAGCAGCGGCGCCUCCUCCUCACACCCCCCCAGACGGCGCCUCCUCCUCACAACCCACCAGAGCAGCGGCGCCUCUCCCUCACAGCCCCCCAGAGCAGCGGCGCCUCUCCCUCACAACCCCCCAGAGCAGCGGCGCCUCCUCCUCACAACCCCCCAGAGCAGCGGCGCCUCCUCUUCAUAACCCCCCAGAGCAGCGGCGCCUCCUCCUCACAGCCCCCCAGAGCAGCGGCGCCUCUCCCUCACAGCCUCCCAGAGCAGCGGCGCCUCUCCCUCACAGCCCCUCAGAGCAGCGGCGCCUCUCCUCACAACCCCCCAGAGCAGCGGCGCCUCCUCCUCACAACCCCCCAGAGCAGCGGCGCCUCCUCCUCACAACCCCCCAGAGCAGCAGCGCCUCUCCUCACAGCCCCCCAGAGCAGCGGCGCCUCCUCCUCACAACCCACCAGAGCAGCGGCGCCUCUCUCUCACAGCCCCCCAGAGCAGCGGCGCCUCUCCUCACAGCCCACCAGAGCAGCGGCGCCUCUCCCUCACAACCCCCCAGAGCAGCGGCGCCUCCUCCUCACAACCCCCCAGAGUAGCGGCGCCUCCUCCUCACAACCCCCCAGAGCAGCGGCGCCUCCUCCUCACAACCCCCAGAGCAGCGGCGCCUCCUUCUCACAACCCUCAGAGCAGCGGCGCCUCCUCCUCACAACCCCCCAGAGCAGCAGCGCCUCUCCUCACAGCCCCCCAGAGCAGCGGCGCCUCCUCCUCACAACCCACCAGAGCAGCGGCGCCUCUCCCUCACAGCCCCCCAGAGCAGCGGCGCCUCUCCUCACACCCCCCCAGAGCAGCGGCGCCUCCUCCUCACAACCCCCCAGAGCAGCGGCGCCUCUCUUCACAACCCCCCAGAGCAGCGGCGCCUCCUCCUCACAGCCCCCCAGAGCAGCGGCGCCUCUCCUCACAGCCCCCCAGAGCAGCGGCGCCUCUCCGUCACAGCCCCCCAGAGCAGCGGCGCCUCUCCUCACAACCCCCCAGAGCAGCGGCGCCUCCUCCUCACAACCCCCCAGAGCAGCGGCGCCUCUCCCUCACAGCCCCCCAGAGCAGCGGCGCCUCCUCCUCACAACCCCCAGAGCAGCGGCGCCUCUCCUCACAACCCCCCAGAGCAGCAGCGCCUCUCCUCACAGCCCCCCAGAGCAGCGGCGCCUCUCCUCACAGCCCUCCAGAGCAGCGGCGCCUCUCCUCACAACCCCCCAGAGCAGCGGCGCCUCUCCUCACAACCCACCAGAGCAGCGGCGCCUCUCCCUCACAGCCCCUCAGAGCAGCGGCGCCUCUCCUCACAACCCCCCAGAGCAGCGGCGCCUCCUUCUCACAACCCCCAGAGCAGCGGCGCCUCUCCUCACAGCCCCCCAGAGCAGCGGCGCCUCUCCCUCACAGCCCCCCAGAGCAGCGGCGCCUCCUCCUCACAGCCCCCCAGAGCAGCGGCGCCUCCUCCUCACAACCCUCCAGAGCAGCGGCGCCUCCUCCUCACAGCCCCCCAGAGCAGCGGCGCCUCUCCUCACAACCCCCCAGAGCAGCGGCGCCUCCUUCUCACAACCCUCCAGAGCAGCGGCGCCUCUCCCUCACAGCCCCCCAGAGCAGCGGCGCCUCCUCCUCACAACCCCCCAGAGCAGCGGCGCCUCUCCCUCACAGCCCCCCAGAGCAGCGGCGCCUCUCCCUCACAGCCCCUCAGAGCAGCGGCGCCUCUCCUCACAACCCACCAGAGCAGCGGCGCCUCCUCCUCACAACCCCCAGAGCAGCGGCGCCUCUCCUCACAGCCCCUCAGAGCAGCGGCGCCUCCUCCUCACAACCCCCCAGAGCAGCGGCGCCUCCUCCUCACAACCCCCCAGAGCAGCGGCGCCUCCUCCUCACAACCCCCCAGAGCAGCGGCGCCUCUCCCUCACAGCCCCCCAGAGCAGCGGCGCCUCUCCCUCACAGCCCCUCAGAGCAGCGGCGCCUCUCCUCACAGCCCCCCAGAGCAGCGGCGCCUCCUCCUCACAACCCCCCAGAGCAGCGGCGCCUCCUCCUCACAACCCCCCAGAGCAGCGGCGCCUCCUCCUCACAGCCCCCCAGAGCAGCGGCGCCUCUCCCUCACAGCCCCCCAGAGCAGCGGCGCCUCUCCUCACAACCCCCCAGAGCAGCGGCGCCUCCUUCUCACAACCCUCCAGAGCAGCGGCGCCUCUCCUCACAACCCCCCAGAGCAGCGGCGCCUCUCCCUCACAGCCCCCCAGAGCAGCGGCGCCUCUCCCUCACAGCCCCUCAGAGCAGCGGCGCCUCUCCUCACAACCCACCAGAGCAGCGGCGCCUCCUCCUCACAACCCCCAGAGCAGCGGCGCCUCUCCUCACAGCCCCUCAGAGCAGCGGCGCCUCCUCCUCACAACCCCCCAGAGCAGCGGCGCCUCCUCCUCACAACCCCCCAGAGCAGCGGCGCCUCCUCCUCACAACCCCCCAGAGCAGCGGCGCCUCCUCCUCACAACCCUCCAGAGCAGCGGCGCCUCCUCCUCACAGCCCCCCAGAGCAGCGGCGCCUCUCCUCACAGCCCCCCAGAGCAGCGGCGCCUCUCCCUCACAGCCCCCCAGAGCAGCGGCGCCUCUCCCUCACAGCCCCUCAGAGCAGCGGCGCCUCCUCCUCACAACCCCCCAGAGCAGCGGCGCCUCCUCCUCACAACCCCCCAGAGUAGCGGCGCCUCCUCCUCACAACCCCCCAGAGCAGCGGCGCCUCCUCCUCACAACCCCCAGAGCAGCGGCGCCUCCUCCUCACAACCCACCAGAGCAGCGGCGCCUCUCCCUCACAGCCCCCCAGAGCAGCGGCGCCUCUCCCUCACAACCCCCCAGAGGAGCGGCGCCUCCUCCUCACAACCCCCCAGAGCAGCGGCGCCUCCUCCUCACAACCCCCAGAGCAGCGGCGCCUCCUUCUCACAACCCUCCAGAGCAGCGGCGCCUCCUCCUCACAACCCACCAGAGCAGCGGCGCCUCUCCCUCACAGCCCCCCAGAGCAGCGGCGCCUCCUCCUCACAACCCACAAGAGCAGCGGCGCCUCUCCCUCACAGCCCCCCAGAGCAGCGGCGCCUCUCCCUCACACCCCCCCCAGAGCAGCGGCGCCUCCUCCUCACAACCCCCCAGAGCAGCGGCGCCUCCUCCUCACAACCCCCCAGAGCAGCGGCGCCUCCUCCUCACAGCCCCCCAGAGCAGCGGCGCCUCUCCCUCACAGCCCCCCAGAGCAGCGGCGCCUCUCCCUCACAGCCCCUCAGAGCAGCGGCGCCUCUCCUCACAACCCCCCAGAGCAGCGGCGCCUCCUCCUCACAACCCCCCAGAGCAGCGGCGCCUCUCCCUCACAGCCACCCAGAGCAGCGGCGCCUCCUCCUCACAACCCCCAGAGCAGGGGCGCCUCUCCUCACAGCCCCCCAGAGCAGCGGCGCCUCUCCUCACAGCCCCCCAGAGCAGCGGCGCCUCUCCUCACAGCCCACCAGAGCAGCGGCGCCUCUCCCUCACAACCCCCCAGAGGAGCGGCGCCUCCUCCUCACAACCCCCCAGAGCAGCGGCGCCUCCUCCUCACAACCCCCAGAGCAGCGGCGCCUCCUUCUCACAACCCUCCAGAGCAGCGGCGCCUCCUCCUCACAACCCACCAGAGCAGCGGCGCCUCUCCCUCACAGCCCCCCAGAGCAGCGGCGCCUCCUCCUCACAACCCACAAGAGCAGCGGCGCCUCUCCCUCACAGCCCCCCAGAGCAGCGGCGCCUCUCCCUCACACCCCCCCAGAGCAGCGGCGCCUCCUCCUCACAACCCCCCAGAGCAGCGGCGCCUCCUCCUCACAACCCCCCAGAGCAGCGGCGCCUCCUCCUCACAGCCCCCCAGAGCAGCGGCGCCUCUCCCUCACAGCCCCCCAGAGCAGCGGCGCCUCUCCCUCACAGCCCCUCAGAGCAGCGGCGCCUCUCCUCACAACCCCCCAGAGCAGCGGCGCCUCCUCCUCACAACCCCCCAGAGCAGCGGCGCCUCUCCCUCACAGCCACCCAGAGCAGCGGCGCCUCCUCCUCACAACCCCCAGAGCAGGGGCGCCUCUCCUCACAGCCCCCCAGAGCAGCGGCGCCUCUCCUCACAGCCCCCCAGAGCAGCGGCGCCUCUCCUCACAGCCCACCAGAGCAGCGGCGCCUCUCCCUCACAGCCCCCCAGAGCAGCGGCGCCUCUCCUCACAACCCACCAGAGCAGCGGCGCCUCUCCUCACAGCCCCCCAGAGCAGCCGCGCCUCUCCUCACAACCCCCCAGAGCAGCGGCGCCUCCUCCUCACAGCCCCCCAGAGCAGCGGCGCCUCUCCCUCACAGCCCCCCAGUGCAGCGGCGCCUCUCCUCACAGCCCCCCAGAGCAGCGGCGCCUCCUCCUCACACCCCCCCAGAGCAGCGGCGCCUCCUCCUCACAACCCCCCAGAGCAGCGGCGCCUCCUCCUCACAGCCCCCCAGAGCAGCGGCGCCUCUCCUCACAACCCCCCAGAGCAGCGGCGCCUCCUUCUCACAACCCUCCAAAGCAGCGGCGCCUCUCCCUCACAGCCCCCAGAGCAGCGGCGCCUCUCCUCACAACCCCCCAGAGCAGCGGCGCCUCUCCCUCACAGCCCCUCAGAGCAGCGGCGCCUCUCCUCACAACCCCCCAGAGCAGCGGCGCCUCCUCCUCACAACCCCCCAGAGCAGCGGCGCCUCUCCCUCACAGCCACCCAGAGCAGCGGCGCCUCCUCCUCACAACCCCCAGAGCAGCGGCGCCUCUCCUCACAGCCCCCCAGAGCAGCGGCGCCUCUCCUCACAGCCCCCCAGAGCAGCGGCGCCUCUCCUCACAGCCCACCAGAGCAGCGGCGCCUCUCCCUCACAGCCCCCCAGAGCAGCGGCGCCUCUCCUCACAACCCACCAGAGCAGCGGCGCCUCUCCUCACAGCCCCCCAGAGCAGCCGCGCCUCUCCUCACAACCCCCCAGAGCAGCGGCGCCUCCUCCUCACAGCCCCCCAGAGCAGCGGCGCCUCUCCCUCACAGCCCCCCAGAUUAGCGGCGCCUCUCCUCACAGCCCCUCAGAGCAGCGGCGCCUCCUCCUCACAACCCACCAGAGCAGCGGCGCCUCUCCUCACAGCCCCCCAGGGCAGCGGCGCCUCUCCCUCACAACCCCCCAGAGCAGCGGCGCCUCCUCCUCACAACCCCCCAGAGCAGCAGCGCCUCUCCCUCACAGCCCCCCAGAGCAGCGGCGCCUCCUCCUCACAGCCCCCCAGAGCAGCGGCGCCUCUCCCUCACAACCCCCCAGAGUAGCGGCGCCUCUCCCUCACAGCCCCCCAGAGCAGCGGCGCCUCUCCCUCACAGCCCCUCAGAGCAGCGGCGCCUCUCCUCACAACCCACCAGAGCAGCGGCGCCUCCUCCUCACAACCCCCAGAGCAGCGGCGCCUCUCCCUCACAACCCCCCAGAGCAGCGGCACCUCUCCCUCACAGCCCCCCAGAGCAGCGGCGCCUCUCCCUCACAGCCCCUCAGAGCAGCGGCGCCUCUCCUCACAACCCACCAGAGCAGCGGCGCCUCCUCCUCACAGCCCCCAGAGCAGCGGCGCCUCUCCCUCACAGCCCCCAGAGCAGCGGCACCUCCUCCUCACAACCCCCCAGAGCAAGCAGCGGCGCCUCCUCCUCACAACCCCCCAGAGCAGCGGCUCACAGCCCCCCAGAGCAGCGGCGCCUCCUCCUCACAACCCCCCAGAGCAGCGGCGCCUCCUUAUCACAACCCCCAGAGCAGCGGCGCCUCCUCCUCACAACCCCCCAGAGCAGCGGCGCCUCCUCCUCACAGCCCCCCAGAGCAGCGGCGCCUCUCCCUCACAGCCCCCCAGAGCAGCGGCGCCUCUCCCUCACAGCCCCUCAGAGCAGCGGCGCCUCCUCCUCACAACCCCCCAGAGCAGCGGCGCCUCCUCCUCACAACCCCCCAGAGUAGCGGCGCCUCCUCCUCACAACCCCCCAGAGCAGCGGCGCCUCCUCCUCACCUCCCCCCAGAGCAGCGGCGCCUCCUCCUCACAACCCCCAGAGCAGCGGCGCCUCCUCCUCACAACCCCUCAGAGCAGCGGCGCCUCUCCCUCACAGCCCCCCAGAGCAGCGGCGCCUCCUCCUCACAACCCCCAGAGCAGCGGCGCCUCUCCUCACAGCCCCCCAGAGCAGCGGCGCCUCUCCUCACAGCCCCCCAGAGCAGCGGCGCCUCCUCCUCACAACCCCCCAGAGCAGCGGCGCCUCCUCCUCACAACCCACCAGAGCAGCGGCGCCUCUCCUCACAGCCCCCCAGAGCAGCGGCGCCUCUCCCUCACAACCCCCCAGAGCAGCGGCGCCUCCUCCUCACAACCCCCCAGAGCAGCAGCGCCUCCUCCUCACAACCCCCAGAGCAGCGGCGCCUCUCCCUCACAACCCCCCAGAGCAGCGGCGCCUCUCCCUCACAGCCCCCCAGAGCAGCGGCGCCUCCUCCUCACAGCCCCCCAGAGCAGCGGCGCCUCUCCCUCACAACCCCCCAGAGCAGCGGCGCCUCUCCCUCACAGCCCCCCAGAGCAGCGGCGCCUCUCCCUCACAGCCCCUCAGAGCAGCGGCGCCUCUCCUCACAACCCACCAGAGCAGCGGCGCCUCCUCCUCACAACCCCCAGAGCAGCGGCGCCUCUCCCUCACAACCCCCCAGAGCAGCGGCGCCUCUCCCUCACAGCCCCCCAGAGCUGCGGCGCCUCUCCCUCACAGCCCCUCAGAGCAGCGCCGCCUCUCCUCACAACCCACCAGAGCAGCGGCGCCUCCUCCUCACAACCCCCAGAGCAGCGGCGCCUCUCCCUCACAACCCCCCAGAGCAGCGGCGCCUCCUCCUCACAACCCCCCAGAGCAGUGGCGCCUCCUCCUCACAACCCCCCAGAGCAGCGGCGCCUCUCCUCACAGCCCCCCAGAGCAGCGGCGCCUCCUCCUCACAACCCCCCAGAGCAGCGGCACCUCCUCCUCACAACCCCCCAGAGCAGCGGCUCACAGCCCCCCAGAGCAGCGGCGCCUCCUCCUCACAACCCCCCAGAGCAGCGGCGCCUCCUUAUCACAACCCCCAGAGCAGCGGCGCCUCCUCCUCACAACCCCCCAGAGCAGCGGCGCCUCCUCCUCACAGCCCCCCAGAGCAGCGGCGCCUCUCCCUCACAGCCCCCCAGAGCAGCGGCGCCUCUCCCUCACAGCCCCUCAGAGCAGCGGCGCCUCCUCCUCACAACCCCCCAGAAGCAGCGGCGCCUCCUCCUCACCUCCCCCCAGAGCAGCGGCGCCUCCUCCUCACAACCCCCAGAGCAGUGGCGCCUCCACCUCACAACCCCUCAGAGCAGCGGCGCCUCUCCCUCACAGCCCCCCAGAGCAGCGGCGCCUCCUCCUCACAACCCCCAGAGCAGCGGCGCCUCUCCUCACAGCCCCCCAGAGCAGCGGCGCCUCUCCUCACAGCCCCCCAGAGCAGCGGCGCCUCCUCCUCACAACCCCCCAGAGCAGCGGCGCCUCCUCCUCACAACCCACCAGAGCAGCGGCGCCUCUCCUCACAGCCCCCCAGAGCAGCGGCGCCUCUCCCUCACAACCCCCCAGAGCAGCGGCGCCUCCUCCUCACAACCCCCCAGAGCAGCAGCGCCUCUCCCUCACAGCCCCCCAGAGCAGCGGCGCCUCCUCCUCACAGCCCCCCAGAGCAGCGGCGCCUCUCCCUCACAACCCCCCAGAGCAGCGGCGCCUCUCCCUCACAGCCCCCCAGAGCAGCGGCGCCUCUCCCUCACAGCCCCUCAGAGCAGCGGCGCCUCUCCUCACAACCCACCAGAGCAGCGGCGCCUCCUCCUCACAACCCCCAGAGCAGCGGCGCCUCUCCCUCACAACCCCCCAGAGCAGCGGCGCCUCCUCCUCACAACCCCCCAGAGCAGUGGCGCCUCCUCCUCACAACCCCCCAGAGCAGCGGCGCCUCUCCUCACAGCCCCCCAGAGCAGCGGCGCCUCCUCCUCACAACCCCCCAGAGCAGCGGCACCUCCUCCUCACAACCCCCCAGAGCAGCGGCUCACAGCCCCCCAGAGCAGCGGCGCCUCCUCCUCACAACCCACCAGAGCAGCGGCGCCUCCUCCUCACAACCCCCAGAGCAGCGGCGCCUCUCCCUCACAACCCCCCAGAGCAGCGGCGCCUCCUCCUCACAACCCCCCAGAGCAGUGGCGCCUCCUCCUCACAACCCCCCAGAGCAGCGGCGCCUCUCCUCACAGCCCCCCAGAGCAGCGGCGCCUCCUCCUCACAACCCCCCAGAGCAGCGGCACCUCCUCCUCACAACCCCCCAGAGCAGCGGCUCACAGCCCCCCAGAGCAGCGGCGCCUCCUCCUCACAACCCCCCAGAGCAGCGGCGCCUCCUUAUCACAACCCCCAGAGCAGCGGCGCCUCCUCCUCACAACCCCCCAGAGCAGCGGCGCCUCCUCCUCACAGCCCCCCAGAGCAGCGGCGCCUCUCCCUCACAGCCCCCCAGAGCAGCGGCGCCUCUCCCUCACAGCCCCUCAGAGCAGCGGCGCCUCCUCCUCACAACCCCCCAGAGUAGCGGCGCCUCCUCCUCACAACCCCCCAGAGUAGCGGCGCCUCCUCCUCACAACCCCCCAGAGCAGCGGCGCCUCCUCCUCACCUCCCCCCAGAGCAGCGGCGCCUCCUCCUCACAACCCCCAGAGCAGUGGCGCCUCCACCUCACAACCCCUCAGAGCAGCGGCGCCUCUCCCUCACAGCCCCCCAGAGCAGCGGCGCCUCCUCCUCACAACCCCCAGAGCAGCGGCGCCUCUCCUCACAGCCCCCCAGAGCAGCGGCGCCUCUCCUCACAGCCCCCCAGAGCAGCGGCGCCUCCUCCUCACAACCCCCCAGAGCAGCGGCGCCUCCUCCUCACAACCCACCAGAGCAGCGGCGCCUCUCCUCACAGCCCCCCAGAGCAGCGGCGCCUCUCCCUCACAACCCCCCAGAGCAGCGGCGCCUCCUCCUCACAACCCCCCAGAGCAGCAGCGCCUCUCCCUCACAGCCCCCCAGAGCAGCGGCGCCUCCUCCUCACAGCCCCCCAGAGCAGCGGCGCCUCUCCCUCACAACCCCCCAGAGCAGCGGCGCCUCUCCCUCACAGCCCCCCAGAGCAGCGGCGCCUCUCCCUCACAGCCCCUCAGAGCAGCGGCGCCUCUCCUCACAACCCACCAGAGCAGCGGCGCCUCCUCCUCACAACCCCCAGAGCAGCGGCGCCUCUCCCUCACAACCCCCCAGAGCAGCGGCGCCUCCUCCUCACAACCCCCCAGAGCAGUGGCGCCUCCUCCUCACAACCCCCCAGAGCAGCGGCGCCUCUCCUCACAGCCCCCCAGAGCAGCGGCGCCUCCUCCUCACAACCCCCCAGAGCAGCGGCGCCUCCUCCUCACAACCCCCCAGAGCAGCGGCGCCUCCUCCUCACAACCCCCCAGAGCAGCGGCGCCUCCUCCUCACACCCCCCCAGAGCAGCGGCGCCUCCUCCUCACAGCCCCCCAGAGCAGCGGCGCCUCUCCCUCACAGCCCCCCAGAGCAGCGGCGCCUCUCCCUCACAGCCCCUCAGAGCAGCGGCGCCUCUCCCUCACAGCCCCCCAGAGCAGCGGCGCCACCUCCUCACAACCCCCCAGAGUAGCGGCGCCUCCUCCUCACAACCCCCCAGAGCAGCGGCGCCUCUCCCUCACAGCCCCCCAGAGCAGCGGCGCCUCUCCCUCACAGCCCCUCAGAGCAGCGGCGCCUCUCCUCACAACCCACCAGAGCAGCGGCGCCUCCUCCUCACAACCCCCAGAGCAGCGGCGCCUCUCCCUCACAGCCCCCAGAGCAGCGGCGCCUCCUCCUCACAACCCCCCAGAGCAGCGGCGCCUCUCCUCACAGCCCCCCAGAGCAGCGGCGCCUCCUCCUCACAACCCCCCAGAGCAGCGGCGCCUCCUCCUCACAACCCCCCAGAGCAGCGGCGCCUCUCCCUCACAGCCCCCCAGAGCAGCGGCGCCUCCUCCUCACAACCCCCCAGAGCAGCGGCGCCUCCUCCUCACACCCCCCCAGAGCAGCGGCGCCUCCUCCUCACAGCCCCCCAGAGCAGCGGCGCCUCUCCCUCACAGCCCCCCAGAGCAGCGGCGCCUCUCCCUCACAGCCCCUCAGAGCAGCGGCGCCUCCUCCUCACAACCCCCCAGAGCAGCGGCGCCUCCUCCUCACAACCCCCCAGAGUAGCGGCGCCUCCUCCUCACAGCCCCCCAGAGCAGCGGCGCCUCUCCCUCACAGCCCCCCAGAGCAGCGGCGCCUCUCCCUCACAGCCCCUCAGAGCAGCGGCGCCUCCUCCUCACAACCCCCCAGAGCAGCGGCGCCUCCUCCUCACAACCCCCCAGAGUAGCGGCGCCUCCUCCUCACAGCCCCCCAGAGCAGCGGCGCCUCUCCCUCACAGCCCCCCAGAGCAGCGGCGCCUCUCCCUCACAGCCCCCCAGAGCAGCGGCGCCUCCUCCUCACAGCCCCCCAGAGCAGCGGCGCCUCUCCCUCACAGCCCCCAGAGCAGCGGCGCCUCCUCCUCACAACCCCCCAGAGCAGCGGCGCCUCUCCCUCACCACCCGCCUGAGCGUUCUGCUUGCGGCCGUGUGCACUAG